AUGGGGAAUAAUCUUUGUCAUUAAACAGGGGAGAGAUCAUCUCAGUUUCCUUAAUAGCUUCUUAAAUAGGAUAUGGGGAACUGUGAAAUUGUGUUGACAGCAGGUCAUGUAGAGAAUGAGGAUGUAGAAUGCUUAGUAAUUCCAACUGAUUCUGAAUACUCGAAUAUUAAGUAAAGUGAUAAGCCAACAUUCGUAUAAUUAAAUGGGAAAUGUGUGUUUGUGUCAGCUAGGAAGAAACAGAAAAACUAGAUUUUGGCUGUUGUUAUUGAUAAGGAGAUGGUAUUGAAUAGUGAUAAAAGUGACGAUGAAAAAUAAACAAUUUAUCAGGCAGUUUAGGAGGCGUUAAAAAUAGCAGAGUAAAAGUAAAUGAAAUCUAUUGGGUUUCCAGUAUUUGAGUCGAAAGAUAGCACGACAUCAGCAACUAUUAUGUUGAUGGCCAUUAAGUUAAGUGUGACGGAGUAAAAAAUUAAGUCAUUAAAAAGAAUAGUAAUUACAUUAGACCAUAUUGAGUAGGUGAGUAGUUUUAAAUGGGUGUUUUAAUAAGUAUUUCGAGGGAAUCAGCAAAUGGCACAUUCAAGAACCUAUUCAAAUUCAAUUAUGGAUCAAAUGGAAUCAAUAUCAAUUGAUGUCGUUAAACCCAAGUAAAAGAGUGCUACCAAUGAGGAAAAACCAUGAGAAAAUUGCAUAAUUUAUAAGUAACAAAUUGAUUUAUAUUAUUUUCAUUAAAUU